AUGCAACAGAUUAUAGAGCUAAUUAAAAAGAAAGUACCGAAGGCAGUUUACUUAGCUAGAAGCUCAUAUGGUAUCCGGAAGACAGAAAUGAAAGAGUCGGCGAAUGCUCUAUCUGUGGUUGCAGCUUUGUUGGCAACCAUAACCUUUGCAGUCGCAUUUCAGGUACCAGGUGGAUUUGGUGAUGACGGAUUCCCUAUCCUAUUGCAAAAGCCAACAUUCAUAAUAUUCUCAGUGGCAAACACGGUAGCAAUGUGCAGCUCAAUGCUUUGUCUGUUCUUACUCCUUUGGGUGAUGGGAAUUGGCAAAAUUCACGGAUCCCUCAAGGUAUUAGAUAUCUCUAUAAUCCUGCUUCGUUUGUCCUUCUAUCUCACCGUGCUCACAUUCACAACCGGUGUGUUUGUGGUUACUGUCGAAAAGAGUUUAUGGUUGGGCAUCUCCGUUUGUGUUCUUGGCUUCCUUACUUUCCUUCUCACAUUCAAAAUGUCAAUCAAGGUUGUUGCCAAAUAUGGGGGAUAUGUUAAUAGUAGCAUGAACAAGUUUAAAAAGAGCGUCAAGUCCCAUUGUGAGCAUGCUACUCAUUUUCUACCUAAUACAAAAAGGACUACUCAUCAUACAAAUUCUCAAACAACCGAACAAAACGAUUGA